AUGAAUUACUGUAUCAUUAUCUUUGCCUUCGCCUCAAACUUUGUACCAAUUAUAGCACAAUCACUGGAAGGAGAGUCGACCCAAUUGUCUGGAUGCCUGCCUUGCUGUAUGAAAGGGGAUGCUGGACCACCAGGCCAACCGGCCCCGGUGACUAAAGUAGCAUUCUCAGCCGGCAGGACAACUCACAUGUAUUCAAAUCCAACACAACAGAUCGUCGUAUUUGAUCACGUGAUUACUAAUCUCGGAAAUGGUUACGACGAGAACACCGGCAUUUUCACCUGUCCCGUUUCUGGUACUUACUUUUUCACUUUCAAUGGGUUGAAAAACUAUGGAAAAAACCUUCACUUGAAACUGAUGAAAAAUAGAGUGGAAAUAGUGUCUGCGCAUUCUGGACAGGGGCUUGGCUCGCUUGGACCAAGCGAGCUGCAACACACGGGAAAUGACGUAAUUAUCCAUUGUGACGAAGGAGAUGGAGUAUGGAUCUGGCUAUCCUACUCUGAUUCAAAUCCAUAUCAAUUGUUCAGUCAUCCAACUCACAAGUACACUAGUUUUUCUGGUUACAUUAUUUUUGUAGAUUAA